AUGGAGGAAGGCGUUGAGUUGUUGUGGAUGUCCUGUCGCCAAGACCAUUUGGUGAAUGGCUCAACAGAGUGGGAGGCGUUGUGUCGUGAUGUGCUAAUUGUUUCGAAGUUGGUUUGCGUGUAUACGUUGGGUUGGAAACGUCUCCUUUUGCGCAGCACAGUCGUUGAGGCGUGUAGGGUGUGCGUACGGUUUCGAGACACACUUGAAUCCAUGCUACGAAGGUGGCGAACUGCUUACGGCUUCAUCAGUGGUGCAAUGAUGGAGCAAAUGUGCACUCCAUAUCUCGAGUUGUAA